AGAGUCGCUGUUCGGUGAACGCAGGUGGCCGCUGUGAGGCUAACGACCGCCGCUACAACACGUCAGCAUCCCGCCUGCCGCCAGCAGCGACGAACGGCCAGAACCCGCGCGGAGGAGCGGAUCCGAGCACACGUUGGUGCCGAGCGUCAGGCGGAGGCCGCGGGGCUCUUUGAGCGGAGCUGGCCGCUUGAUUCGGCGGCGAUUCGUCCUUCAGCAGACUGAGACUUCCCCCACACCAUGUCCCAGGACAAAAGUGGAUACCCCGUUAUGGGUGAGACAAACCCACUGCAUUCUAACAUGUACGGACCCCCUCAGCCGGGUUUCGGCAUGCCCCCACCCAACUACAGCCAGGCCCCUGGAGGACCGUACCCACCAGCAGCGGGCUAUGGGCAGCCAGGCUUCCCCCAGGCCGGCCCAGGCUUUGCCCCUGGUCCUUACCCUCAGAUGCCGUACCCACAGGGGCCGUACCCACAGGGGCCGUACCCACAGGGGCCCUACCCACAGGGGCCGUACCCACAGGGGCCCUACCCUCAGGGGCCUUUCCAGCAAGGACCUGCACAGCCAGGCUUUCUUGGAGACCCCACUGGACCCGCCACCAGCCCGUCUUACCACGGUGAAGGGCCUCCGUCUUACUACGACAACGAGGAGUUCACCGGCUCUGGUUUUGAAGACAAGAACAUUCGACAAGCCUUCAUCCGAAAAGUCUUCAUGGUUCUCACAGUGCAGCUUCUGGUCACUUUCUCCUUCGUUGCAGUGUUCACCUUUGUCGAUGACGCCAAGUACUUUGUGCGUCGCAAUCCCUGGACAUAUUAUGUGUCCUACGCCGUCUUCUUUGUGUCUCUGAUCGUCCUCAGCUGCUGUGGAGAUUUCCGCCGCAAGCACCCCUGGAACUUGGUUGCUCUGUCCAUCCUGACCUUGAGCCUCUCCUACAUGGUGGGCAUGAUCGCCAGCUUCUAUAACACAGAUACUGUCAUCAUCGCUGUGGGCAUCACUGCUGUCGUCUGCUUCACUGUCGUCCUCUUCUCACUACAGAGCAAGUAUGACUUCACCUCCUGCCGGGGUGUGCUGUUUGUGUGCCUGAUCGUGCUCCUACUCUUCUCCAUUCUCUGCAUCUUCAUCCGCGACAAGAUCCUGCACAUCGUGUACGCCUCACUGGGAGCCCUGCUGUUCACUUGCUUUUUGGCCGUCGACACCCAGCUUCUGUUGGGCAACAAGAAGCUGUCCCUGAGUCCGGAGGAGUACAUUUUUGCUGCCCUCAACCUUUACACUGACAUCAUCAACAUCUUCCUCUACAUCCUGGCGAUUGUGGGACGCUCCCGUGAAUGAGGCUGCAGUUCGGAGAGAACAGCAGGGAGCUGAAGAAUGCCUCCCCAUAUUGUGAAAUGUUGCUAAUGUGCCCUUUUUUCUGACUCUGUCAAAAAUUUUCCCCAUUUGUUUGCUUUUCAUCCUGUUUUUUUCCCCCCCAAAACACACACUACAUUCUGUUUUUUAGGCAGUUAGUAAAGCCUUUCUAAAAAACAGCCUAAAGGGGCACAGUCAUCUUCGAAUGCUAAGAAUAACAGAACAUAUUGAUAUGUCCUUUCCCCAGGUCUGGUCACUCUGCUUGCUCUAACUCCACUGCUUCUACUAACACAAAUGGCUACAUUGGGUUUAGCUAGUUACAUGCAGUAUACAAUCCUGCUGGUACUUGGCAAACAGCCCUUCCUUGCUGCAGAGAUUAGAUGAAAAAGGAGCAGGGAAUGUACCUCUAGUGCUUGAUAUUGAUGCAAACCACCUUUGCCUGAAGGGAAGAGUAUAGUGCUAGAAAUAAGCCCUUUCUUUAGUCUGUUUUUCCUGUCUCCCCGUCUUCAAACUGCUGGUGUAACUCUGCAUGGCAACACUGGAAACACAAUUAAAGAUGUGUUCUGAUUCUUUAGAGCUACCAGAGGAAUACCUCUAGCUUUCUUGUCACAGCUGUAAAUAGUUAAGUGUAUUUCUGUAUAUGAUGCCAAUAUCCCUCUGCCUCUGAAAGGCAUGCUGGAGUGAAUCAUAUGGAUGUGACGCAAAGGUACCGUAACGGAAGUCUUUAAAUGGGACAAGAAUGAAGAUCAGCAUUGGAUGUAUAUGAUAAACAUUAAGUAAUAUUUAUAUUACUAUAGUUAUAUAUUCUUAUGGAAUAUCUGAAAUUAUUUGUACAAUUCUACAGCUCACAUUUUCACUUAGCAUUUAAUUUUUUCUUUACUGUCCUCACCAGUAUCCUACAGUGAUGUAAUAUUUUAGUGUUGUAUUUAUUUUUUUCCUCUUGCAGUUAAUGUGAAGUUUGGUGAAGUACUGACAGUUCUGACCACUUUCUACUAGGUUGAUCCAACGUAACUAACACAAAGUAGAUGGACUGAACUUGAAUGAAGCGGUGUUUGAAACCGAUUUGUUAUAUUUAUUGGGCUUAACGUAGAUACAGUAGCAGGGUUGCUCUGAGGUUACUAGAAGUUUGUAAUGAAGAUAAAAAAGUACAAACACACACUGAAAUUUACACACAUUUUGGAUGUUUAUUGUGGAACCAUAACAUACUGGUCGUACUGUCACUCAGCAUUAUGAAUCAGACAGACGUAUGCACUAUGAGCCAAAUUAUACAACCUGAAAUAUAUAUUUAACAUGAAUAAUGUUUAUUCUGUGUCUGCUAUUUUGAUUUUUAAUCUCUCUGCAUGACCCAUUGCAUGUGUGGAUGCACACUGUGCAGGUAUUCCUGUUUUGGAGAGUUGUCUGGCAGCCCUGUGGAGACUUUUUUUUAACUCUUGUGUUUGUAUCUAACAUGUAUGUGUAUAUAGAAACCUGUAGCGGUUUGAUGUGUAUAGAUAAAGUAAGUUUGGGGCUUUGUAGGUCUGUUUGCAUUGUAUAUUUGCAUUCCUCUACACUGCUGUUGGCAUUUCAUUAAACAGACACAAUGUAAAAGUA